AUGGCCCUUACUGAGGAGUGUAGUGCUAUCAUCCAAAAUAAGUUGUCUCCUAAACUUAAAGAUCCAGGUUCAUUUUCUAUUACUUGUGUUAUUGGUAAUGCCUCUAUUAACCGUGCUUUGUGUGAAUUAGGUACAAGCGUAAGUUUGAUGCCAAUGUCUAUUUGUAAGAAGCUUGGCAUAGGUAAUUUGAAGCCAACCAUGAUAUCACUCCAAUUGGCUGAUCGAUUAGUAAAAUAUCCGAUAGGUAUACUUGAAGAUGUACCUAUCCAGGUCGGUGCUAUAAUCGAUGUUAAAAAUGGAAGGUUCUCCCUAAAUAUUGGAGGAGACGUUUGUUACACGGUCAAUAUGAUUGACAAGUGUGCACAUGAGAAACUUGCAAACCAUUACUCAGUUGAUUCACUUGAGAAAUGUUUGGUAAGUGACGGUUUAGUAAAUGAUGAAGACCCUGAGGUAGCUGCGUAUGCUCAAUCCUUAGAAUCAACAUCAACUGCUCCACUUCGAAAUGCAAAGCUUUAA